UAACAAACAAUGUCCAAACGCAAAAGAAGCCAAAAACCGAACCAUUUUUUGCAACUGCCUAACAUAUGCACAGUCACCUCCAUUAAUUUUAUUUAAUUUUCACAUUCAAUUGGUGCCCAAAAUCCUACUCAUCUUGGCUCCAAAGAUGCCACAUCUCAGCAUGGUCAAACUGUGCUGCUCUGGAAUUUGUAGUUAGCUCUGUUUCUUGAUAUAAACCCCUUUUCUCCCAUUUUCAAAGAGAAAGGUCACUGUUGAAUCCAGCAAGAUUCUUGAGCCUCCAAUUCUUAGUUGGCCAAAGGCUUACUCAACAUGAACAAUGCAGUUGCUGUUGAAUUUUGAUUGAAAUUAAUCGGAAGAGAAUCUUCGAUUUGGAAGAUGUCUCAAUUCGGACAUGUUUCUGCGGUCAACUUAAGCAGGCAGUGUAACAUAACCACUGUCUUGAGCCCGCAGCACGGCUGCUCCGUUGCCAAUGGCCUAUCCUUUGCAGUUAGUGAUGCCAUGGGCCAAAAGCUGAGGAUACCGACAGCACAUGCGUUUGCAGCGAGAUCCAACAGGAACGCGCUUCCUUUGAAAGUUGUUUGCAUUGAUUAUCCGAGACCUGAGCUCGACAAUACAGUUAACUAUUUGGAAGCUGCUUUAUUAUCCUCAACAUUUCGCAAUUCUCCCCGGCCAAGCAAGCCGUUGGAGGUUGUGAUUGCCGGUUCAGGUUUGGCUGGUUUGUCUACUGCAAAGUAUUUGGCAGAUGCAGGUCAUAAACCGAUAUUGUUGGAAGCGAGGGAUGUGCUCGGUGGAAAGGUGGCUGCAUGGAAAGACGAGGAUGGAGAUUGGUACGAGACUGGUUUGCACAUAUUCUUCGGGGCUUACCCAAAUAUACAGAACUUGUUUGGAGAGCUGGGUAUUAAUGAUCGGUUGCAAUGGAAGGAGCACUCUAUGAUAUUCGCGAUGCCAAACAAGCCAGGAGAGUUCAGCAGAUUUGAUUUCCCCGAAAUCUUACCUGCACCAUUCAACGGUAUUUUGGCAAUCUUGAAGAACAACGAAAUGCUUACUUGGCCGGAGAAAGUCAAGUUUGCCAUCGGGCUGUUACCAGCAAUAGUCGGGGGGCAGUCUUAUGUCGAGGCUCAAGAUGGAAUAACUGUUAAAGACUGGAUGAAGAAGCAAGGCGUACCAGAAAGGAUAACCGAUGAAGUGUUCAUUGCCAUGUCAAAGGCACUGAACUUCAUCAACCCUGAUGAGCUCUCGAUGCAGUGUAUUUUGAUCGCGCUGAACAGAUUUCUGCAGGAGAAGCAUGGCUCGAAGAUGGCUUUUCUGGAUGGUAAUCCACCAGAGAGACUUUGCAUGCCGAUUGUCGAACAUAUUGAAUCGCGGGGAGGCGAAGUCCGGCUGAACUCAAGAAUACAAAAGAUCGAUUUGAAUGAAGAUGGGAGUGUCAAAAGCUUCACACUAAGUAAUGGAAAUGUGAUUAAAGGAGAUGCAUAUGUCUUUGCCACUCCAGUUGAUAUCCUAAAGCUUCUUCUGCCCGAAGACUGGAAAGAUAUUCCGUAUUUCAAGAAGUUGGAUAAAUUAGUUGGAGUUCCAGUUAUAAAUGUUCACGUAUGGUUCGACAGAAAACUGAAAAACACAUACGAUCAUCUACUCUUCAGCAGGAGCCCGCUUCUCAGUGUCUAUGCUGACAUGUCCGUAACUUGUAAGGAAUAUUACGACCCGAAUAAAUCCAUGUUGGAGCUGGUUUUCGCACCCGCAGAAGAAUGGAUCUCCCGUAGCGACGAGGAAAUCAUUGAGGCUACAAUGAAGGAGCUCGCAAAGCUAUUCCCCGACGAGAUCUCUGCUGAUCAGAGCAAAGCAAAGAUCUUGAAGUACCGCGUUGUCAAGACUCCACGGUCCGUAUAUAAAACCGUACCUGGCACGGAGCCUUGCCGCCCCCUGCAAAAAUCUCCGAUCGAGGGAUUCUAUUUAGCCGGCGACUACACGAAGCAGAAAUACUUGGCUUCGAUGGAAGGCGCCGUGCUAUCAGGAAAGCUUUGUGCUCAGUCAAUUGUGCAGGAUUAUGAAUUGCUCUCUGCGAGAGGGCAGAGAAUGGUGACAGAGGCAAGCUUAGUCUAGCUAGUUUCUUGAAAAAAAGAAAAAGAAAAAAUUGAUUAUUUGUAAGAAACAUACAAAAAAGUGUAUACAUAGCCAAGGGGAUAAUAUAUUGGUUUUUGAUGAUUGAUUAA